AUGUCGCCGUCGGAUCUGGUUGUGGUGGCGAACCCAGACAUCAUCACCAAGGUCAACAUCAAACAACAUACUGCUUCUGUGCGCUACCACGGUUGCCUCAUUACAGGAACUCAGGUCGAUAAUCACGAACGCGGACAGGUUUUCCGACGGAAAGAUUGCUGCAAGAGACUGGAGAAGUCUGCGCGGGCUGCACACCCCUCGGGCCUGAUCGAUCUGCGUAUUCGAAUUAUCGACCAGUUCGUCUGGAAUGCUCUUCCGGAACCACAGUAUGUCGUUAUAAAUAUGCUUUACUUCCAGUUAAGCUUGACUUGCAUUUUCCUAAUACACAUUUUCGUGGCCAGUCGCGUUCUCCUUCUCUGCCGCGUUGGUAUUGGGGACAAGAGUCGGGUACGCGUACGCUCCCACGUGCUACUAGGCCGGGUCAUGACAGUGUGUAGUCCGUGUGCGUGUUUGGUGAACAAGGCCGUGUGUGUGGUGUGCACAGAGGGGCACUCUAGCUCUGUCAACUACUGCACCUACUUCCGACAUCGGACAUCUGGCCGACUCGAACAGUUGGCUGGUGCCUGGGACUGGGAAGAGAGUGAGUGAGGUCGAUGUCUCAACACACUUACCUCACCAUAAACAGUCUGACGCGCUUCAGGCUAUCACGGUGAGUUAAAAGCCGUGACUUGAAGGGUUGCCAAUCGACAAGAUAACUCGGAACUCACAGUCAGCUCAAUGUGACGGACUGAAGGACUGUGAGUCAGGUUGCAAUGGUUCAUUCUUACAGUAAGUGGGUUAACUCAUGAAAUGUCAACCCAAAUUCCGAAAUGCGUUUUUGGUUCGAAUUUUUUCAAUUCCCGAAUAAUUAUGAAUUCGCUCUACUGAUACACUUGGAUUCAGGGUUUCUAAACUACAAGCCGCAUAUUCUCCGCGUACGGAAAACCAUACAUUUGUCUACGCUAUUAAGAGGACACCAUAUGCAGUUCAUAAAAUUUAGCAAUGGAUUUGUGCCAUAUUCUUAACUUUACAAGUCACAUUGGUAAGUGCAGAGACAUGACGCUCAAGGAACGGCCAUUUCACAGUAUCAAAAAUCUCACAAUUAAAAACUUUUAAAAACCGAAUUAUACCCUGCCUUCGAACAUAAAAUUGGUAGACGUACUUUUCUACCGAACGAGCAAGUGGAUGAAUAUUUUUAUGCAUGUUCUCCAUGCAAUAUAAAUGAAUUUUUAAGGACAGUGCAAAUCAAUUAGAAAAAUGCGUGCCGCUAAGUAGUCUUUUUUACAGAGUAUAGUUUUUGUAUGCAGCUGGACGGAAGUUCGUUCGAAAGCCGGCAUCCUGAGGUAACUGAAAUAUUAUAGAUUUAUGUUACAGGCUGACUAAUUUAACAACCCUACCUAAUUACUAUUUUCGAAACGAAUCCGCAUUUCGGGAUUUCGAUUGACACCCACACCUGCAGUAGUGUAGCCUCCAUGGCACUCACACCCAGUGGGAUACGAACCGCCUCCCUUCUUCUCUUAUUGUGUGAAAUCCUGAUCCCUGUGCGUUGUGGAUCAGGGGAUGUGGUGGUACGCCUAGGGGGGGGGAUUUUCUUCUUGCCAGCCACCUGCGCCCUCUUUGGCUUCCAGUUUUCUUGACUCUUUCUUGACGCCGGGCCCAGGUGGGGAAAGGAGGAGCGAGUGCGGUAGAUACCGUCCCGGUCUGAUAUCGCUAUAAACUAAUACACGUGCGAGUCACCGUCCCUGCUCUCACCCUGCUAUGGGGCACAUGGUAGACGUAGUCGAAAUCGGCGGUCCAAUUGUCACUAAUGCUUUCAACAACGGUGUCAUUGAGGCCACAUUAAGAGGGAGCCAUUGCGGCCUGACAUCAGCUGGUGAUCUCCCAUGUCACGAUCGCAACACGUCAUGUCAGCUUGGGGUGUGGCAGAAUUAUUGAAGUGAGGACUGAGCUGGGGAUGUAGUAAGAAUGUAUUCCCCAGUGUCGGCCCCACUCUCUCAUUCCCCACCCACGCGCCAGCCGAUUGUGUGAGCCUGUCUACCAAGGGACGAUGUAAUUGGCUGACGAGGUAUGAAGGCCUACGUCUAGGUAUGCUAACACACUCCUACCAUUGCCGAUAGAAGCAAACAGGCGAGUUUCAGGAAGCAGUUCAGAAAAAGCAGUCACUGGAACAAGAAGUUUAUUGGCCUGAACUUUCGAAUUCUUAUUCAAACCCACCAUCAGAGACGGCUGCAACGGUCGCAGCCUCAGCGUCGCUGAGACGAGGCUCCGUCUGCAAUCCCACAGGAGGCCACAAGAUCGGCCCUUUCUGCUCCUUCGCAUCUAUGCUCCACCCCUCACCGCUGGCCCUCUCUGUUCUCUACCUUGCGUCCUUGAUCUAAGGAGCAUCGCAUCGCCACCUCCAAGAUGAAACUUCGUCCGCAAUCCCACAGGAGGCUACAAAGUAAGUGACCCACCCCCCGUGUAAGGCUUUUACUUGUUCUUGCUUGGUUACCCUGGUUCGUUUGAGUUUGUCCUUGUUGUGAGCUAAACACCGUUCUGUUGAAUUAAUCUGCUCAGCGUUUAUAUUUAAGCAACCAGUUAACUUAGAGAGGGCUGGGAAACUCUCCUUCUUUACUCUCUAGUUCCUGCCCUACCCAGCUCUUCACCUCGCUCAAAAAGUCCUGCGGCGAGAGCGACAGCGACCACGUAGGCGGUCUAGGCUAAAUCGGGUCGCCCUCCCAUUAAACAAAGUCGUGGCCUAUUGUGGAGUCCGGCAGUUGUCUGGGACGACUGAGCUAUCCUAUUUAGGGAGAGCACUGCUCACCCACGCGAGGGGGACGGGACUAGAAAAAAUGCCCGAAUAAUUUCUGGUAACCACACUGUACGUAGGCUGACCGCGACUCAUAGACGCAAAACUCACAGUCCAAGCAAUAAAAUCCGAAACAACACUCUCUGCUCCCCCUCCUCUCCCCCGUCCCCUCGCCAGACUGACAGGGUGAGUCCACUUACUCUGGCAGCCUGGAAUGUUCAUUCCCUUUUAGACAAUUCCAGGAGCAACCGACCGGGUCGGAAGACAGCGCUAGCGGCUCCAGAACUGGCGCUCUACAAGGAGGACAUCGCCGCACUCAACGAGACCCGCUUCUCCGAACAAGUCCUCCUAGAGGAGGUGCGUGCUGGCUACACCUUUGUCUGGAACGGUCGCUCCAAGGCAGAGAGACGGGACGCAGGCGUCGCUUUUGCCAUUUGAAACGACAUCGUGGGACGACUGCUCUGUCUGCCGCAGGCCUAAUGAGCGUCCGCCUGCUUCUCCAGGUAGGCAAAUCCGCCACCUUCGUCAGUGUUUACAAUCCCCCGAUGACCAGCCCUAAUGCUGCAAGGGACAAACUCUACGAGGACAUGCACGCCUUCCUGGCGACUGUGUCGAAGGCGGAGAAGUUAAUUGUCCUUGGUGAUUUUAAGACCCGCGUCUGCACAGACCAUGUUGCCAUGGUCUCAACGGCUACAAUGACAAUGGCAUACUAAUCCUACCUACCUGUGCAGAACACCCGUUCCUCUUGAAAAACACAUUCUUUUGCCUUUCAACGCGAGAGGAGGCCACCUGGAUGCAUCGUCGGUCGCAUCAGUGGCACCUACUCGACUAUGUCCUAGUGCAGAGGCAAAACCAACAGGACGUGCCGGUGACAAAGGCUGUGCCGAGUGCCCACGGGUGCACUGACCAUUGCCUCGUCGUCUCCAAGAUGAGGAUUCGCCUACAACCUCGCAGGAGACUUAAAGGUAAGCAGCCCCCGGCUAAGUUGAGUAUUGCUUUGUUUGCGUUGCCUGCUCACCAUCUCCAUUUCUUCAAAGAAGUAGAUCAAGGGUUAGUCUACAUUCCGGUCGAUGCCGCCGCCGAGGAGAACGCCUUCGAUGAUGUUAACUGCGGGACACAAACCAGUCGACGGCCCUGGCCGUCCUCCGUCGCGCACGUUGCCGAUCUCAGGACUGGUUCGGCGACAAAGCCACUGUCAUCAGCAACUUACAGACUGCAUAAAGUCCACAUCACCUACCCCACCGACGACAACAAAGCAGGGUUCUGCCGUAGUCAUCGCCUUGUGCAACAGCGGCUGCGCAAGAUGCAAGACACCAGGGAGGUUCGCAUGGCCGAGGAGAUCCAAGGGUACGCUAACAGCAACAAAUAGAAGAACGUCUUCGCGGCGAUCAAGGCUGUCUAUGAUACGCCAACCAAAGCAAAUGCCCCCCUCCUCAGCGCCGGCGGCUGUACUCUUAUCGCUGAAAAGACAAUUCCUGCAGCGAUGGAAUGAACACUUCAGAAGCGUCCUCAACCGUCCCUCAACCAUCUCCGACGCCGUCAUCGCCCGUCUGCCUCAAGUGGAGAUCAGCACUGACCUCGACCCGCCGCUCUCCCUCCUCGAAACCAUCAAGGCCGUGCAACAGAUUUCCAGUGGAAAACCCCCUGGAUCGGACCCGAUCCCUGCCUAA